AUGAGCAGCCAAAAGCCCACAACCGCGCGCAAAGAGACGGGCGAGAGCCACAAGGCCGGCGAGGCGACCCCCGCCUAUGUGCCGUCGGCGGAGGAGGUGGCAGUCCGCCAAGCCCUCAACAAGAUUUCCGUGUUCGCCAAGACCAGGACGGACGCCAAGUUCGGCUACUCAACGCCCGGCGAGGUCAUGGCGGAGAUGAAGAAGCUGCUCCAGACAAAUUCGGAGGAGGCCGUGAUCAGGGCCGAGUUCGACAUCGUCAAGGCAGGCUUCUGCGAAACCCAGGACGAAGCCAUCCAAAAGCUCCUCAAGCUGUGCGUGACGCCGCCGAGCAGCGAAAGCGGCAGCGCGGCCGGGUCUAGCAGCGGGCGGUCCGAGGCGAGCGCCACGGCCGAGUUCGUGUACAAGUACCGCAACCGACCCGAAUACACGGGCAACGCGGCCGUCGUGGCCUACACGUUGCAGAAGAAGCUGAACAUGCUGGGCAGCGAUUACUCGAACUCGCUCGUCGACGAGACGAUCAAGAUCAUGAAGCACGACGCCAAGCCCCCCAAGCCGCCGGCUACCGUGGCCAAGGGCGAGGAUUCCGUGGUGCACAUCUACAACAACGAGCCCGAGUACGUCAAGAAGGUCAUCGAGGCCUACGGUAAGGCUUUGGUAAACCUCAAGGACCAAGGGACACAGCUGGGCGAGACCCUAGCCAGCUAUAGUGGCAUGGGAGAUUUAAGCACCAUCAAGAAGCGUGGCUGA